CACGUCAUAACAUUUAAGUCAGAUGUCAGAAAAGUGUUAUUUUUGGUUAGAAAACGAAUAUAAUACGAAAUGCCACGUAUUUUUUAAAUAAUAUUUGUAAAAAAUGGGAAAUUCGGAAAGUGUAGAGAUUCCCGGAGGAGGCUCAGACGGAUUUCACGUCCUUCGAGUUCAGGAAAACUCUCCGGGUGCUAAAGCAGGUUUAAUACCUUUUUUUGAUUUCAUCAUUUCAAUAAACGGAGUUCGACUAAAUAAAGAUGAUGGAACGCUGAAAAAUAUCUUAAAAAAUGGUGUUGGAAAAUCAUUGCCUGUUACAAUAUAUAGUUGUAAAACGCAGAACGUACGGAGCGUUACAGUGGAACCAAGUGACUCCUGGGGUGGUCAGGGACUUUUAGGGAUCAGUAUUCGAUUUUGCUCAUUUGAAAUAGCUAAAGAUAACGUUUGGCACAUAUUAGAAGUCCACCCAAAUUCACCUGCUGAUUUAGCAGGAUUAAAGGCUUUUUCGGAUUAUAUAAUCGGUUCUGAGUCUAUACUACAACACAGUGAUGACAUAUAUAGCUUAAUAGAAAGUCACAAUGGGAGAAGCCUAAAAUUGUUUGUUUAUAAUUAUGACGAUGAUGCAUGUAGGGAAGUAACAAUUACACCCAAUUCUAGAUGGGGAGGGGAAGGCUUAGUAGGUUGUGGAAUAGGUUAUGGUUAUUUGCAUAGAAUACCUGUUCGUGCACAUCCUGAUCAAAUUGCACCAACUUAUGUGUCUCAACCAAACACUUCCGUUCCACUAUUCAACAGUACAUUGACAAACACUGGCACUAAUACUGCAAGUUUUAAUAUAAGUCCAACAAAAGCAAGUGAAUCCAGUAAUGUAAUAUUAUCAUCAGAAAAACCAGGAAAUUCUUUGACUGAAAGCAGUACAAUGGACAAAAAUAUAGAGAAUAUCAUACAGGAUACACAGAAACUGAAUAUUAUUCCUUCAACCGCUGGGCAAUCACCAGUUUUAAGUUCUCAGAAUAUUAAUUCGUUUUUACCUAACCUUCAACAACCUUCUGUAACUUCAAAUAUCCCUCCCCCAGUGAGUUUGCCAGAGUUUAAUACAACCAUUAGUAAUUUUCAAACAUCUUCUUUGCCUAAUUCUAAUUCGAUACAUAUCCCACCACCUUCGAGCGUACCUCAAGUAGUACCGACACUUCCACAAGUCUCCAUGUAUAAUCCUGCAAAUUAUCCAAAAAUGCCGUCGAACCCUUCGAGUUUUAGUUAUUCUGAAGCAACAGUACCACCACCUUUGACCGUACCUCAAGUACCGGCAACACCACAAGUACCGAUGUAUAAUCCUUCAAAUUACCCCAAACUGCCUUCAAAUCCUUCGAGUUUUACUUAUUCUGAGGCUGUAGUACCACAACCUGUUCUGAGUCAUCAAGUUUCGUACCCGCAAGCUGGUUUAAUUAAUGUAAAUUACCCGCAAGUCAGUGUGCCUGGUGUGACGACUCCGAAUUUACAAACUCAUACGUCUCAGCUGAUUUAUGAUCCAACAAUAGCUGCGAGAUCGGCUCAGCAGUUACUGAAUAGGAACGCGGACAGUUUUGGAAAUGUGUCCCAGAAUACUUAGUUUUAGUUGUUUUAUUGUUUUUGUUUUAUAGGUUUAAUAAAUUAAAAUGUAAUAAGAUAUAAAGAAAAAUAAAGUUUUAUGAUUAUCUAA